UGAUUCUAGUGAAUAGGUUUCCUAGCAACUUCGUCAUCAGCUCUCACCGUUCUUCCGAACAACAUUUGGACGAGAAGAAACGCCAGUUUCGCUGUUGCAUGAGUUACCUCUCGAUUCAUAGAUAAUAGUCCAGGCUUUUCUCGCGCUCGAAACCAAACCCUAGUUGUUGGGAUGGCCCAUUUGAGCGACGAGAGGUCUUCUCUCUGUGAAAUGCUUUCUACCUUUACUCUUAUUGAAAACGAAGAAGAGAAGAGAGAAGAGGAAAAGCCGAAGAUUUAUGCUUCGAAAUUCAUGGAGUAUCGACUGGAAAGGGUCUUUCCUGUUUAUGCUCUUGGGUACGCCGAGCUAGACAUUAAUGCGGUGGCUUCAAUCAAUAACUCUGCCUCUUCUACCUUUGACCCAAUCUGGGAUGCUAUGAGAGCAGAGGCGAAGUCAGAGGCAGAGAAGGAGCCAAUUUUGAGUAGCUUCUUGUAUGCCAGUAUUUUGUCUCAUGGUUGUUUGGAGAGAGCAUUAGGAUUCGUCCUCGCCAAUAGGCUCCAAAACCCCACACUCUUGGCGACGCAACUAAUAGACAUAUUCGAUGCUGUAAUGAUGCAUGAUAGAGGUAUUCAACGCUCAAUUCGCCUGGAUGUGCAGGCAUUUAAAGAUAGGGAUCCUUCUUGUCUGUCAUAUUGCUGGGCAUUGUUGUAUCUUAAGGGUUACCAUUCCUUGCAAUCAUACCGCGUAGCACAUGCUUUGUGGAAUCAAGGACGCAGAAUUUUGGCAUUGGCAUUGCAAAGCCGCAUAAGCGAGGUUUUUGGAGUUGAUAUACACCCAGCUGCGAAAAUUGGAGAAGGGAUACUAUUGGAUCAUGGUACGGGUGUAGUAAUUGGUGAGACUGCUGUUGUAGGAAAUAGAGUUUCAUUAAUGCAGGGUGUAACUUUAGGAGGCACUGGGAAGGAAACUGGUGAUCGUCAUCCGAAAAUAGGUCCUGGAGCACUUAUUGGAGCAAGCGCGACAAUACUUGGGAAUAUUAAAAUAAGUGAAGGUGCCAUGAUUGCUGCUGGUUCCCUUGUACUAAAAGAUAUUCCUCCACACAGCAUGGUGGCAGGAAAUCCAGCAAAGGUGAUUGGAUGUGUAGGAGAACAAGAUCCAUCUCUGACAAUGAAACAUGAUGCUACCAAAGAUUUUUUCCAGAAUGUAGCUGUUAAUUCUAAAGAUGGGAAAUCCAGUGGAUGACUGAAGAACCUGUGAAGUCACAAAAGAAGAGUGACUGGAUACCCUGAAGAGGCAUACACUCAGUAUAUACUUGUCACUAAUGUUGUAAUGCAUGAUUUCAGUGACUUGGUCUCAUCAAAUGUGUUG